GGUGAUGGUGCAGGGACCCGCCCGUUGAUAGAGGGAGAGGGGCUGGAGUCUGGAGAUCACGGUUCCAUUGGAAAUUUCGUGAUUUUCGAAUGUGCUUUCAUGAUUCUGAAGAGAAUUUAACGAGGAUUCUGCAUCGUCAGUGACAAAAAAUUGUGAGAACCCGAUAAAUAAUCUUCGUGACUUUUGAAAAUAAUCUUAACGAAGAAACAAAGCGUUUAAGAAUACGCGAGAUAUCAAAUCACCAAUUGCAUAACAGAGAGAGAGAGAGAGAGAGAGAGAGAGAGAGAGAGAGAGAGAGAGAGAGAGAGAGAGAGAGAGAGAGUAGAUUUCUGUAUGAAUGAGUGAAUGUGGGAAUUGACGCCUUAUUACUGUUAGUGUGUGUGUGUGUGUGUGUGUGUGUGUGUGUGUGUGUGUGUGUGUGUGUGUGUGUGUGCGUGCGCGCGCGCGCGAGGCAUGGCAGAGCAGGAGGACGUGUUCAUCAGUGUGGACCCCGCGCCUCUGUCUAUUUCCCAAGUGGUGGAGUGGGCGGCACGCCUGCACUGGUGGGAAUGGCUCAUCAUGGCCAAGGCGAUGCUUCUCUUCUGGGUGAUCAAUAUUACUGUCAUCCUGCCUUCCUUGUACAUGCAGGUAAUGCUGUAUACAGAUGAGAUGACGUCCCGCCACGGCCCUGCUGCUGUGGCUUGGCUCUGGCAGGGUCACCACCUCCUGAGCUGGGCCUUCAAACCUCCUUUCAACCUUACUCCUGCCAACAGGAUACGAAACAGACGCUUCAGGAGGGCGGAACACAGCUUCUUUCAUGCCCGCAGGAGGCGCAAGAGGCGAUUCAAGACUUGAUCGGAUCAGCAGUGCAUCUCCGCCACGAUCAGUCUGGAUGUCCCCAACUACAUGCUACAGUGUAGAAUGACACGUGUGGCUGAAACUGUUGUGAGGCAUUAGUGACUCAGCAGCACCUGAACGCUUCUCUUGUACAAUUCUUAAAAGCAAAUGUUUCAACACUGACCAUAAAAUUGUAAUCACAGUCCCAAUAAAAAUAACAAUAUUGACAUAAUGACAAUUAUAGCAUAUACUGUGAAUAUAUUUGCCAGUGGUCACAUUGUAAUACGAAACCUUAAAUGUUCUACCUACAUUAUAUACUCACAGUCAUAUUAUAAGAAAUCAACAAAUAUGGCGCACU